UCUUCAGCGAUUGUACCUCAAGAUAUCUCUCUGCUGCAGGAAUCUACAAAAGACUAAACUUAUCCGCUGUGAGGAUGUCGUCUGGAGCUCUGUUCCCCAGCCUGGUCUCUGGCUCCCGCAGCUCAUCCAGUAAAUAUCUGGUUGAGUUCCGGGCUGGUAAAAUGAGCCUGAAGGGCAGCACUGUGACCCCGGACAAACGCAAGGGUUCCGUGUACAUCCAGCAGACAGACGACUCGCUCAUCCACUUCUGCUGGAAGGACAGGACCUCUGGGAAUGUGGAGGAUGAUCUGAUCAUAUUCCCGGAUGACUGUGAGUUCAAGCGGGUCAGUCAGUGCACUACAGGACGCGUGUAUGUGCUGAAGUUCAAGGCUGGCUCUAAAAGGCUGUUCUUUUGGAUGCAGGAGCCCAAAACAGAUAAAGACGAGGAGUACUGUCGCAAAGUCAACGAGUACCUGAACAACCCCCCCAUGCCGGGCGCUCUGGGCAGCGGAGGAGGCAGCGGACAUGAACUCUCUGCACUUGGUGGAGAAGGUGGCUUGCAAAGCCUCCUGGGAAAUAUGAGCCACAACCAACUCAUGCAGCUGAUUGGACCAACAGGACUGGGUGGACUUGGUGCUCUGGCUGGUCCAGGUCUGGCCAGUUUGUUGGGGAGUGGAGGUCCUGCUACCAGUAGCUCAACCUCGAGCUCCCGCAGCCAAUCGGCAGCCGCCACUCCCUCCUCUGGAUCCACCGCACGCCUCAGCUCCACCCAGGCACCCACCACACCCGUAACCCCUGCUGCGACCUCCACCGGCUCGCCCACGGUGACCCCCACCACCCCUGCAGCCCAGACCCCCUCCAUUCCUGCUGCAGGACCCCCGUCCAGCACACAGCCCAUCCAGCUGAGUGACCUCCAGAGCAUCCUGGCCACCAUGAACGUUCCCGCCAUGGCCGCAGAGGGACCGGGAGUGGACCUGGCAAGUGUGUUGACCCCUGAUGUCAUGGCUCCUAUUCUGGCGAACCCUGAGGUGCAGCAGAGACUGCUUCCGUACCUGCCAUCAGGAGAAUCCCUCCCACAGAGCGCCGACGAGAUCCAGAACACACUGACCUCUCCACAGUUCCAGCAGGCGAUGAGUAUGUUCAGUAGUGCUCUGGCCUCCGGUCAGCUCGGCCCUCUCAUGAACCAGUUUGGUCUUCCCUCUGAAGCAGUGGACGCAGCUAAUAAAGGGGAUGUGGAGGCGUUUGCCAAGGCCAUGGAGGGCAGUGAUGCCAAGACUGAUGAUGGUGAUUCCAAAGACAAGAAAGAUGACGACGAGGACAUGAGCUUGGAUUAGAACGGCCUUCUGAACACAACCGUCUCUCUCUGAAGUGUUAGUCUCAUACUAGUCCGAGAUGUUUGCCUGUAAUCAUUCAUUGAUUCAAGUGUGUUUUGUAUGUCCAAAGCUACACUAUUAAACAAUUGACUAUGUAAUGCCA